UCAUCUAUCGCGCAUUCCUCAAGGCACCACAGCACGCAGCCGCCACGAUGCGAGCUCUCAUAAGAAAGCUUCCCUCUCCCCUUCAGCGACUGUUGCAUCUCAAUUACUCUUCCUCGUCGCCUCCAUGGUUCGCUCCGCCGCCACGAUCCCCGACAGCGGACCCUUUCCUCCUCGCCGUCUCCCACGCCAUCGCCGAUUCCGCCUCCACUUCUCUCGACGCCUCCCUCAAGACCCUCCUCCCCUCCCUCACCCCUUCCCUCUUUGCUUCCCUCCUGGCCCUCAACCCGCUCUCCCUCCCCCCUUCCUCCCUUCUUUCCUUCUUCCACUGGCUCUCCUCCCAUCCGCCCUUCCGACACACCCCCGUCUCCUACCUCGCCAUGACCGCCUUUCUUCUCCGCUCUCGUGUCCCUUCCGACGCCGCCCCUCUCCUACGCCUCCUUGUCGAUCGACGCGGCCGCCACUCUGCCCCCGCACUCUUCUCAGCGGCCCUCUCAGUCGCCGCCCCUGCCCUUCCCUCCCCCGCCCUCAUCGGCGCUCUCGCCCUCGAGUACGCCCGCGCCGGACACGUGUCCGAUGCCAUCCAGUGCAUCCGCCUCGCAAUCAAGCACGGUCUUCCCCUGCCACUCGAUUCCUGCUCCUGCCUCCUCGACCACCUCCUCAAGUCUUACUCCCCCGCUUUCGCCUGGGAUUUUUUCUCCGAGAUCCUCGCUGCCGGAUUUCCUCCCAAGGUGACGGCUUUCAACGUUCUGAUGAACUCCUUCUGCAAGGCAGGCAAGAUAACUGAGGCAAAAUCCAUUUUUGAUGAGAUCUCCAGGCACGGCUCUCGUCCGACCGUUGUGAGCUUCAACACUCUUAUCAAUGGUCACUCUAUAGCCGGGAACUUGGAAACUGGAUUCGAGUUGAAAGAUCAAAUGGUGAAUGCUGGCCUCGCUCCUGACAUUUUCACUUACUGCGCUUUGAUUAAAGGACUAUGCAAAGCGGGACGACUGGACGAUGCCGUCAAAUUGUUCGACGAAAUGUGUUCGAAAGGAUUGGAGCCAAAUGCUGUAACUUUUACCACAUUAAUUCAUGGGCAUUGCAAGGAGGGAAAGAUCAGCGACGCCGUGAAUCUUUACCAAGCGAUGUUGAAAAGAGGUGUUAGACCCGAUUUAAUCACUUUGAAUGCCGUCGUGAACGUGCUUUGCAAGUCCGGAGACCUGAAGGAGGCAAGCAGAGUCGUGGAGAAGAUGAGGGAAAGCGGCUUGCAGCCUGAUAAAGUGACUUACACUACUCUAAUUGAUGGCUGUUGCAAGGAGGGCAAUCUCAAUAUGGCGAUGCAGAUCAAGAAGAAAAUGGUAGCCGAACGGAUUGAAAUGGAUGAAGUGACAUACACGGCGCUUAUCUCCGGAUUCAGCAGAGAAGGCCUGGCGAUGGAUGCAGAGAGAACUCUGCAUGAGAUGGUAGGAGCUGGCAUGACACCUGAUGUGGCAACCUACACCAUGGUGAUCGAUGCGUUCUGUAAGCAAGGAGACGUAAAGAUGGGUUUCAAGUUGUUGAAGGAGAUGCAAAGCAAAGGCCAUAAGCCUGGCAUUAUCACAUACAAUGUGAUCAUGAACGGGCUCUGCAAGCUCGGACAAAUGGAGAAUGCAAAGAUGCUGCUAAAUGCCAUGAUUAAUGUAGGAGUUGCUCCUGAUGACAUUACCUACAACAUUUUGCUGGACGGGCAUAGCAAACAUGGAAGGACUAAAGAUCAUGAAGAGCUGAAGGGGGAAAAGGGAAUGGUCCUGGAUUUGCCGUCAUACACUUCGCUGAUCAAUGAGUUAGAGAAAAGGCCAAGGAACCACCAUAAUACGUGAAGGUCACUGUUUUCUUUUGGUGCCUUUCAGUGUUAGCAAAAUGGAGUUUGCUUGUUGGUUUGUGUUCUUCCUGUGUGAAUCAGCCAAUUCGAAGAUUCAUGCUUCGAUCUCGUGGCAUUUUUUUCGGCUUUUUUACUUAACUAUAUAGUUCGAAAUUAUCAAAUUAUAUAGUAUAAUUUUAAAAUUAUCA